AUGACAGAAGAUUUUGGGCGAGACACACCACCAUAUACAACGAACGAAGAAACAAAAACUGCUGGACAACCACUUUCAGACUUUCUAUUGCAACUCGAGGAUUAUACGCCAACGGCGAGUAAACAGAGAAUUAGAAUUUUAAGUAAGAUUGGUUUCGUUAGCUGCACAAAAAUUUAUAUCUGAAAUAGCGAAUGAUGCUCUGCAACAUUGCAAGACGCGUGGAGCUAACCAAAAUACAAAAACAAAGGGAAAGGAUCGCCGUUAUACUCUAACCAUGGAAGAUUUGACACCAGCAGUUGCAGAAUAUGGCAUCAUAGUUAAAAAACCACAUUAUUUCGUUUGAUUCAAAGUAGCAUUUCAAUUCAUCUAUUUUUAUUUACGAAUCAUUUUCAAUUAACAUUCUUUGCGCAUAUAUAGAAUAAAUUUCUAACACAAUAAUUCAUUGUAUAAUUUUCAUAACAAUUAAAGCCUUAUAAUGAAAGUCAAGAUGUAAAAUUAAUGUAAUUCAAAUAUUGUAACAGCUUCAGUACAAUCAAAAGAUUGAAAUAUAUUAACUCUCUGUUCGAGAAAGUAAUUUAAAUAUUUUUUUUUAUUGAUAUUACAACAAGGUUAAUGUCAAUAUUGUUUCAACAUUUGACAACAUUGAAUUUAAAAAUUUAAGUUUUCAAAGUUUCAAGAAUCGUCGUUGAGAUUUGAUUUCUUAAAAAUAAACAAUGAUUAUUAG